UGGCUUUCCACCGGGUCCUGGGCAGCUCCAUCCGUCCAAAUGGGAGCUGAGUUUGCAAGCUGACAGGGAUGCAGAGAGCUGGAGGUGCUGAUGUCAGAGCCAGAAGACAGCUGCGAUUGGAUCUAAUUAGACUUUGCAGCGGCAAAUAGACAAGCUCCCUGCGUGAUUGGCUUCAAAGUGGCUGGUGCCCAACAACUAGCGGAGGUGCCAAAGUCCAAGCCGUGCGCUUGGAGCCCAGCUCAAGAGAGGCCGCGAGGAGGGCUGAGCGCGCCAGGCGCACCUCUCCUGCCUGUGCAACCCUGGAAGCUGGCGCUCGGCUCCAUCCCAGGCUUCAGCCCGGCGGCAGGGACAGAACAAUUAGAGAGCGAAGGGCGGGGAGCGCCAAUUCUCAGUCCCCAAAAGUGAGUCUCUCCGGUUGCGAAGCAUUUAGCAGCGGCGGCUACGGAGCAGGAAAGGGGAGACUGUUUCAGAAAGGAUUCCUCUCCUGCUCUACUUCCUGAGUCUCAGCCAUGGCAUCGGUCUUGGGGACCAGCAGAGGGUCCGGAGGGCUGAGCAGUCAACUCAAAUGCAAGUCUAAGCGGAGGAGGAGGAGGAGGUCCAAGCGGAAAGACAAAGUAAGCAUGUCAUCAGCCUUCAUGACUCCCUUCAAGCACCUAAGUCCUGGGGCCGCAAACAAGGAGGAUGACGACAAUCUGAGUUCCAGCAGCACAGACGUGAAGGAAAACCGCAACGUGAGCAACCUGGAGGCCAGGCCCCUGUCCCCGGGCAGCAGGGCCCGAGGUGGCACACCUGGUGUGAAGAGGAAAAGGCCCCUGGAGGAGGGCAAUGGGGGCCAUGUCUGCAAGCUGCAGCUGGUCUGGAGGAGGCUGUCGUGGUCUGUGACACCCAAGAAUGCACUGGUCCAGCUGCACGAGUUGCGGCCAGGCCUGCAGUACCGCAUGGUGUCCCAGACUGGCCCUGUGCAUGCCCCUGUCUUCUCUGUGGCUGUGGAGGUGAACGGGCUCACGUUUGAGGGAACAGGGCCCACCAAGAAGAAAGCCAAGAUGCGGGCGGCUGAGCUGGCCCUGAGGUCCUUUGUGCAGUUCCCCAACGCCUGCCAGGCCCACCUGGCCAUGGGCAGCUGUGCCAGCCCAUCCACGGACUUCACCUCUGACCAGGCUGACUUCCCCGACACGCUGUUCAAGGAGUUUGAGCCAGCGGCACCCAGUGGAGGCUUCCCAGGCCGCCGCCCUGCCGACCCCGAGCUGCUUUCCUCAGCCUGCCGGCACGGGCGGCUGCUUUGCCACACACUGGACCUGGUGGGUCAGGCGCGGCCGGACAGGCCCAGGUCGGUCCCUGCAGCCCCAGGCGACAGGAACCCCGUGGUGGUGCUGAACCAGCUGCGCUCCGGCCUGCGGUACGUUUGCCUUGCAGAGCAAGCUGAGAAGCGGCGGGCCAGGAGCUUCAUCAUGGCUGUGUGCGUGGAUGGCAGGACGUUUGAGGGCUCAGGACGCAGCAAGAAGCUGGCCAAGAGCCAGGCUGCACAGGCUGCCCUGCAGGCCCUCUUCGGCAUCCGGCUGCCUGGUCACACCCCCAGCAGGAAUAGAAGUCACCUCUUGUCCCAGGAAUUCGCAGAUGCUGUGUCCCAGCUGGUCACGCAGAAGUUCCGCGAGCUGACCGUGGGCCUGACGUCCGUGCACACCCGCCACAAAGCACUGGCAGGGGUCAUCAUGACCAAAGGUUUGGAUGCCAGGCAAGCACAGGUCAUCGUCCUGUCCUCAGGCACCAGGUGUAUCAGCGGCGAGUACAUCAGUGACCAGGGUCUGGUGGUUAAUGACUGCCAUGCAGAGGUCGUGGCUAGGAGGGCGCUGCUGCACUUCCUGUACGUGCAGCUGGAGCUGCAUGCUAGCAAGCAGCGCGAGGAUACAGAACGGUCGAUAUUCAUGCAGUCAAAGGACGGAGGCUACCGGCUGAGGGACAACAUCCUAUUCCAUCUCUACGUGAGCGCAUCCCCCUGCGGAGAUGCGCGUCUCAACUCACCCUACGAAAUCACAACAGACCUGAGCAGCAGCAAGCACAUCAUCAGGAAGUUCCGUGGGCACCUGCGCACCAAGAUUGAAUCCAGGGAGGGGACUGUCCCCGUCCGGGGCCCAAGCUCAGAACAGACGUGGGACGGCAUCCUGCUGGGUGAGCAGCUUGUCACCAUGUCCUGCACGGAUAAGAUCGCCAGGUGGAACGUGCUGGGCCUGCAGGGUGCCCUCCUCUGCCAUUUCAUUGAGCCCGUGUACCUGCACAGUAUCAUCGUGGGCAGCCUGCACCACACAGGCCACCUCUCCCGGGUAAUGAGCCACAGGACCGAGGACAUAGGCCAGCUGCCGACAUCCUACCGGCACAACCGGCCCCUCCUCAGCGGCGUGAGUCAUAUGGAGGCGCGCCAGCCUGGGAAGCCUCCCCACUUCAGCUUGAACUGGGUCUUGGGCAGUGCAGACGUGGAGGUCAUCGAUGCCACAACCGGGAAGAGGAGCUGCGGGCGCCCCUCCAGGCUCUGCAAGCACAUGCUGUCAGCGCGGUGGGCACGGCUUUAUGAGAAGCUGAGCCCACGGAUACCACGCCUGGGAGACACACCAUCCCUGUAUUGUGAGGCCAAGCUGGGGGCACGCACCUACCAGUCUGUCAAACAGCAGCUGUUCAAAGCGUUUCAGAAGGCUGGUCUGGGCACCUGGGUGAGGAAGCCCCCUGAGCAAGACCAGUUUCCACUAACUCUAUGAGUCACCAGACUCUGCUCAUGGACCGAAGUGAAGCACCCGGCAGGCGGGUGGAGUGUGUGUGUGUGCAGGGAUGUGGCAGGGCGCUCUGCGUUCAUUUUCCUUUGGUGUUUCAGAAAUGCACGCGUGUUCAAU